AUGCUCCCGGCCACGGGGCCAGUGUUUGCCCGAAGCGGGCAGAGUCAGAAGGUGAUUUACCGGACACGGGGCAUAAACAGCAGCCGCCGGGAGGGACCCGGUGCCUCGGAGAGCGAUCGGCACCGCCACCUGCUUUCGGCCAUCACCCCACGGGACACGGCCAACCCGACUGCAUCCCACUGUGCCCGUCCAGAGGGUGCCACCGCCGGGGGAGAGAGCGGGGCCGGGGGGCGGGCCCUACGCGUGACGGACGGGCGGGCUGGCCAAUGGGGAGCGCGGGGCCGGGGGCUGACGGGCGGUCUCUCCGCAGACCCCUUUGCUGAUGCAAGUAAGGGUGAUGACCUGCUCCCUGCCGGCACUGAGGACUACAUCCAUAUAAGGAUCCAGCAGCGGAACGGCAGGAAGACCCUCACCACAGUCCAGGGCAUCGCGGAUGAUUACGAUAAAAAGAAACUGGUGAAGGCCUUCAAAAAGAAAUUCGCCUGCAAUGGUACUGUAAUUGAGCACCCCGAGUAUGGAGAAGUGAUUCAGUUGCAGGGCGACCAGCGCAAGAACAUAUGCCAGUUCCUCGUAGAGAUUGGACUGGCUAAAGACGACCAGCUGAAAGUCCAUGGGUUUUAAGUGCCUGUGGCUCACCGAAGCUUUAUGCAAGAAGAUUUCCUUACCAUGAGAUUCCCAUCUGUCCCUUGUCAUAAGUUUAAAACCAGCCGGUUUGUGUAAUGUAACGAUCUUGGGUCCACUGUUCACUCUGGACUAGUGUAAUUCAGUGAUGUAAUAAACUGACACGAGCCCAUGCUA